AUGUCAAGCAGUGGCUCGUUGCAACUUCCUCAAGCGCAGGCGAAGGUGACCAGCUCCGAUGCAUCACAACAAAAGCCUUUAGCCCUCCCUACACAAUCGAAAAACCCAGAUACAUCUUCACAAAACACUGCUGAUGAGGACGACAAGUCCGCCGUCAAGGAUACCCAAUCCAUUCCUGCUCCCAUAACGGAGCAAACGCUCUCUAAUAUGCAUGGCAUUGUGCCGACGCUUCAAAAUAUUGUCGCCACCGUGAAUCUUGAGGCUAGACUCGAUCUUAAAACCAUCGCGUUGCAUGCGCGUAAUGCUGAAUACAACCCUAAGCGUUUCGCGGCCGUUAUUAUGCGUAUUCGUGAACCAAAGACGACAGCACUUAUUUUUGCCUCGGGGAAGAUGGUCAUCACAGGUGCGAAAAGUGAAGACGACAGUCGUCUCGCCAGUAGAAAAUAUGCCCGCAUUAUUCAAAAGCUUGGAUUUGAAGCUCGCUUCAGUGAGUUCAAGAUUCAGAACAUCGUGGGUUCUUGCGAUGUCCGCUUCCCCAUUCGCCUUGAGGGUCUGGCGUACAGUCAUGGUGUUUAUUCAUCAUACGAACCAGAACUUUUUCCUGGUUUGAUUUAUCGAAUGGUGAAGCCGAAAGUCGUCUUGCUCAUUUUUGUAUCAGGGAAGAUUGUCCUGACUGGAGCAAAAUCUUCCUUUACUCCGCUUCCUUUUUCUCUUCUUCCUCUGUCUCCCAUCCCCUCCCUUUCUUGCAACGUUUGUAUUAUGAAUGGCAGUUAA